GAUGAGGGCCAAAAAACAGUCUGAAUCCUAGCAAGAUGGAGGCGCUGUGGGUUGGUGGUUCCUGAGUUCAGAUCAUUGGCUGUGAAAUGGCAUCGGAGUGACAUUCUGGGUCCUUCCCCCUUUACCUUGGAGGGUAAACAGCCACCAUGCAGCCAGCUCAGGUAAAUGCCAUCUCGAUCCAGUAAUAUGUGAACACGGAAGGAACAAUCCCCAUUUGCCACAUCUCUCUUCGGAUUCUGAGCGGAGGGGAGAUAAUUUCAACACUUUGCCUGGGAGUGUUUAUGAGCAAGUGAAGGGUCAAGUCUGUAAAGAAGUGGGGAGCAGCCACAUUAAAAGGUGGGACACAGUCCAGAAACAGCCAAGGGGGCUUCAUCCUGUGUUCUCUUAAAUUGUUAAUAACAACGACAACAAAAGAGCAGCCGUUCCUAGAGCAGAAGGGAAGGUUGCCAUAGAGGGACUUCCCUUUCCUGCCCCGCCUACCCGAAAGGAAUGCCGGGAGUGAGUACGUCUCUUUCUGCUUGCGGAGGUGUCGAAGCUGCACGGAGGGAGCCCCGAGAUCCAGGCUGUGAAAACGCAUUGGAGUGACGUUCUGGGUCCUUCUUUCCCUGGAGGGGAAACAGCCACCAUGCAGCCAGCUCAGGGUCUGGUGACCUUUGAGGAGGUGGCCUUGCAUUUCCCAGAGGAUGAAUGGGCCCUGCUGGAUCCAGGCCAGAGAGCCCUUUACACGGAGGUCAUGGUGGACGUUCAUGAGAUGAUAACCUCCCUGGGAGGAAUCUGGGGGAUCGUGGCUCAGAGGGAACCAUCAGAAAUAUCACCAGAAAGACCUGAGGAGCACAAGAAGGAACAACAAUUGGGGAGUCAAGAUGGAGCAGAGAGGGAAGAGGAGAGCAAAAUGCAGAAGCCGGGGAAUGAAUCCAGAGCUUCUCAGGGUGGUGAAUAUAAAAUUCAACAGGAAACUCAUCACCUAAAGGAAAUGGGAAUGCCUCCUGAGUGCAGUAAAAUCUUAAGCUACCAACAAACCCUAAAUCAGCGAGGGCAUAUGGCUCACAGAGAGGAGAAAGGGUAUGAAUGUUUGGAGUGUGGAAAGAGAUUUUGUCAUAGGUCAAAUCUUACUGUACAAAGAAGAGUACAUGCAGGAGACAAACCAUAUGAGUGUGGAAAGAGCUUCUGUGAGUGUGGCACCCUUACUAAACAUCUAAGAACUCAUACAGGAGACAAAUCUUAUAAAUGCUUCGACUGUGGGAAGCAUUUCACUCAGCGUGGUGCCCUUACUGUGCAUCAAAGAACUCAUACAGGAGACAAACCUUAUAAAUGCUUCGACUGUGGGAAGCACUUCACUCAGCGUGGUGCCCUUACUGUGCAUCAAAGAACUCAUACAGGUGACAAACCUUAUAAAUGCGUGGAGUGUGGAAAGAGCUUCAGUCAUAAUAAAUCCCUUAGCUUUCAUCAAAGAACUCAUACAGGGGACAAAUCUUAUAAAUGUUUGCAGUGUGCAAAGAGCUUCUCUCAAUAUUGCCACCUUUCUAGACAUCAGAGAACUCAUACAGGGGACAAACGUUAUAAAUGUUUGGAGUGUGGGAAGAGCUUCACUCAGAGUAGCAACCUUACUGUGCAUCAAAGAACUCAUACAGGGGACAGACCUUAUAAAUGCUUGGAGUGUGGAAAGAGUUUCAAUCGGAGUGGCGACCUUACUGUGCAUCGAAGAACACAUUCAGGGGACAAACCUUAUCAAUGCUUGGAGUGUGGAAAGAGCUUCAGUCAGAGUGGCAACCUUACUUCGCACCAAAGAAUGCAUACAGGGAACAAACCUUAUAAAUGCUUGGAGUGUGGGAAGAGCUUCAGUCGGAGUGGCGACCUUACUGUGCAUCAAAGAGCCCAUUCAGGGGACAAACCUUACAAAUGCUUGGAUUGUGGAAAGGACUUCACUAACAGUAGCGCAUGUACAAUGCACCAAAGAACUCAUACAGGGGAGAAACCUUAUAAUUGCUUCGAGUGUGGAAAGAGCUUCAGUCACAGUGGCGCCCUUACUGUACAUCAAAGAACCCAUACAGGGGAGAAACCUUAUAAAUGCUUGGAGUGUGGAAAGAGCUUCAGUAUGUGUGGCACUCUUACUAAACAUCUAAGAAUCCAUAUAGGGGACAAACCUUACAAAUGCUUGGAGUGUGGACAGACUUUCAGUAAGAGUGACAGUCUUGCUUCUCAUCAAAGAAUUCAUCCAGGGGACAAACCUUAUAUAUAUAUAUAUUCUUUAUUGUUACAGUCAAUGACCAGCAUGGACAAACCUUAUAAAUCCUUGCAAUGUGGAAAGAGCUUUGCUCAGCAUUGCCAGCUAACUAGAUAUCAAAGAACUCAUACAAGGGACAAACCAUACAAAUGCUUCGAGUGUGGAAAGACCUUCAGUCGUAGUGGCGACCUUUCUAAACAUCUAAGAAUCCAUAAAGGUGACAAACCUUACAAAUGCUUCGAGUGUGGAAAGACCUUCAGUCGUAGUAGCGACCUUACUAAACAUCUAAGAAUCCAUACAGGGGAGAAACCUUAUAAAUGCUUCGAGUGUGGGAAGCACUUCAUUCAGAGUGGUGCCCUUACUGUGCAUCAAAGAACUCAUACAGGGGAGAAACCUUAUAAAUGCGUGGAGUGUGGAAAGAGCUUCAGUCAUAAUAAAUCCCUUAGCUUUCAUCAAAGAACUCAUACAGGGGACAAACUUUAUAAAUGUUUGGUGUGUGGGAAGAGCUUCAGUCAGACUAGCGGCCUUACGGUGCAUCAAAGAACUCAUACAGGGGACAAACCUUAUAAAUGUUUGGUGUGUGGGAAGAGCUUCAGUCAGAGUAGCGGCCUUACGGUGCAUCAAAGAACUCAUACGGGGGACAAACCUUAUAAAUGCUUGGAGUGUGGAAAGAGCUUCAGUCAGAGCGGCAACCUUACUUCGCAUCAAAGAAUGCAUACAGGGGACAAACCUUAUAAAUGCUUUGAGUGUGGAAAGAGCUUCACUCACAGUAGCGCUCUUACUGUACAUCAAAGAACCCAUACAGGGGAGAAACCUUAUAAAUGCUUGGAGUGUGGAAAGAGGUUCAGUGAGAGUGGCACCCUUACUAUACAUCAAAGAUCUCAUACAGGGGACAAACCUUAUAAAUGCUUGGAUGAUGGUUAUGUUAAUAGGUUUCCUGCUUAAUCUCGCUGAUGUCACUCGCUCAGACCUUACGUUAUAGCUCCUAAUUGCUUUUGCUGUAUCACUUCCCACUAUUAAAGCAACCCCGUUUCUUCUUAAUUUCUCAAUGUCUGCAUAAAAUAUUUUGUAGUUGCCUGAAUGAUAAUGUCCCAUUCCCCUCCAUUUUAAUUCACUCACACCAAGUAAUGUAAUGUUGAUACGUUCCAUUUCUUGCUUGACAAUUCUAACUUUCCCUGGUUCAUGCUUCUUGCAUUCCAUGUUCCUAUUGUGUGCGUCGUACAACUCCGGACUCUCCUUUCUCAUCUGUGCGCAUCAGCCUCAGGGCUUCCUUUCGGCUUUGAUCCAGCUGCGUCAUUAGUCACAGCGCUACUCAUACUUGUCCUUUGUUCUUCCCCAGUAGUUCGGUGAGUGCCUUCUGACCUGGGGGUCUCAUCUUCCAGCACUAUCUCGUGUUGCAUUUUGGAUACUCUGUUCAUAGGGUUUUCGUGGUAAGAGAUACUCAGAGGUGGUUUACCAUUGCCUUCCUCUGAGUUUGGAUGCAUCUUAGUCUGGUGUCUCAGCUUUGACCAUUCCGCCUUGGGUGUCCCUGCUAGGAGUCUAGCCUCUUGGACUAGAUUCCUACUGCCUUGCUGUCAUCUUCUUUGACACUCAACCCGCUCACCACGUUAAGGUGUGCAUCCUAGAGGAGGCUUGUACCUUUGUUUUAUUUUUUAAAAAAUACAACUCUUUUGAUGUACCAGAUUUGCACAGUUCUUAAAACUAUGUGUGUCACUCCAAGCCUGACAAAGAUUUGGAGUCUCAUGUAUAAAAGGCUGCUGCUGCUUUUCCUCCACUUUUCUUUUCCCGUUUCUAGUACCUGUAAGGGCAAUUUUUAAAAUAGUUUUAAUACACUUGUUUUGUGUAGGAGCAGUCGGAGGACUUCUCUGCAAAAGAGUGGUUUAAUUUUUUUUUAAAAAAAUGCUGGAACCACUGAUAGAAAAAGGCAGACUGCAUCCUUUCCUUUGGGUUGAUGGAAAGAAUAUGGAAGUGGGUAUAUGUGUGGUGAUAGAUGGCAUCCAGCAAACAUCAUCAUCAUCAUUAUUAGCAUUAGCAUUUAUUAACCGCCCUUCACUUGGAGAUCCCAGGGGGGGUUACAGUUUUAAAAUACGGUAUUGAAACAAUAACAGUCAUGGUUUCCCCCAAGAAUCCUAGGAAGUGUAGUUUAUAACGGGUGCUGAAAGCUGUUAGGAGACUCUUGUUCCCCUCACAGAGCUAUAGUUUUCUGGGAAGAGGAAAUGACUGUUAAACCACUAUUCCAAACUGUGGACUCUCAGCACCCUUAACAAACUACACUUCCCAUGAUUCUUUGGGGGAAGCCAUGACUGUUUAAAGUGGAAUAAACGUCUGGUGUGAAUGUCAGGUCUUUAUUGGGCAUUUGUUCAGUUUUUUUUUUUAUGGGCUGGUGAUACGACAACAAAAGGCAUUCAUCCUUCUUUGCAAGGCAUUUACACUGUCUUAGGAGCGCGCUGUUGGAAAUUGGCACAACCUUUUUUAAACACGCAGGAUUUUUAUUGUUAUUUUUAAUAUGGAGGAAUAGUGUCAGAUUUAGGAACAAGCCAAGAAAGCCAUGGCUUAGGGUCUCACAUUAUAAGGGGCCUGCAGCCCACAUCCACACCAGAUGUUUAUUCCACUUUAAACAAUCAUGGCUUCCCCCAAAGAAUCCUGGGUAGUGUGGUUUGUGAAGUGUGCUGAGAGUUGCUAGGAGAUGCCGUAUUCCCCUCACAGAGCUACAAUCCUCAGAAAAGGGUCACUGUUAAACCACUCUGCCCACUGGAGCUCUG